GAUUAUUCAUAAAAAUAUUUUGAAAUCAAAUGGACUUUUUAUUUAUUUUUUAAUUUCUAAUAGCACAAUUGUAACGCGAUGGGGUUUUUAGAAGAUAGAGACUUAAGUGAUGUCCCUGGUAUCAAGGAGUAUUUUCGAGGGAAAACUGUGUUCAUUACAGGAGGAUCAGGUUUUUUAGGAAAGGCUUUGAUAGAGAAGUUGCUGUAUUCAUGUUCAGAUUUAGACAGGAUCUAUCUCUUGAUGAGAUCAAAGAAAGGCGUCAAGGCUGAAGAUAGACUUGCGGAUAUAUAUUCUACUAUAGCAUUCGAUCGUCUGAGAAGCGAAAUGCCGGACAUUUUUCAAUCAAAAGUAUUUGUAGUCACCGGGGAUGUCAUGGAGCCAGGAUUGGGUUUGUCAGAUGAAGACAGAACUCUGUUAGUGAAUAGGGUACACAUAAUUUUCCACGUGGCUGCAAGUGUAAGAUUUGACGAUCCGUUGCCUUAUGCUGCCAAAUUAAACCUCGGUGGCACCAAAGAGAUAAUAGACUUCGCCAAAGACGUCCGAAACUUAUCUUCUAUGGUACACGUUUCUACGUCAUAUUCCAACACGAACCGUGACGUCAUAGAGGAGGUGAUGUACCCCCCGCACGCGGACUGGAGGGACACGUUACAAGUAUGCGAAUCUAUAGACGAACAUUCUUUACGCGUGCUGACGCCUAAGUAUCUCGGUGAAAUACCCAACACUUAUACGUUUACUAAACAGUUAGCUGAACACGUGGUAUACGAGAACAAAGGUCUACUCCCAGUCGUCAUCAUAAGACCAUCAAUAGUGAUAUCCAGUGUGGAUGAGCCUUUUUCUGGCUGGAUAGAAAAUUUCAACGGACCAGUCGGUAUACUGGUUGCUUGUGGCAAGGGCAUCAUGCGCAGCUUAUACACUGAUCCUGAUUUGAUAGCUGACUACAUACCCGUUGAUUUCUCCAUCAAGAGUAUCAUAGCUGCUGCAUGGAUAAGAGGCACCAAGAAGUUAGAACCAACAGACGAUAUUCCGAUCUACAACUGCUGCGCGGGAAAUCUCAAUAACAUCACAAUGUUUGAGCUCGUGGAUAUCGGCAAACGAUUGGCGGCCAUGAUACCUCUUGAUGACAUGUUGUGGAACGUCGGAGGAUCCAUUACUACAAGCAAAACUUUACAUUAUAUUAAGGUGUUGCUGAUACAUUGCCUUCCCGCCAUAUUAGUCGAUGCAUUGCUACUUAUAUUAGGAAAGAAACCAAUGUUAUUGAAAGUCCAAAGACGCAUUUACAUAGCAAACUUAGCGCUCCAUUACUACAUAACCAAGCAAUGGACGUUCGAUAACAAAAACUUCGUCCUGCUCCGAUCCCGUAUAAAGGAGCAAGACAGAAAGCAAUUCUAUUAUGACAUCGAAAAUGUGGAUAAAGAAGAAUACUUCCGGAAAUGUUGUAUCGGAGGAAGGAAAUAUUUGCUGAAAGAGAAAGACGAAGAUUUGCCAAAAGCCAAAGCUCACUUUGCCAGAAUGGUGAUACUGGACAAAUGCGUACAGAUAUUAUUUUACGGAUAUUUAGUCUGGUUAAUUUUGAACAUCGGGUGUAUAAAGAAUGGGCUAAAAUUUGUGUAUGAUAUAUUUUUGCUUUGAUAAUUGGUGUGUUGAAAUCUUGAUUAUUGAUGUUUGUAAUAAAAAUUAAUAUAAAAUUAUAUUAUUUUAUUCAGAAGACGAAUUACACAGAGAAAUUUGCAAAAUUAAUUGCUUACGUAGAGUCGCAAUACCGUUUCGAAAAUAAACUAAGUUUCGUUAUCAGAGAAACAGAGU